CUCUCAACAUGGCUGUAGAAGAAAACAAAUGUGAUGUGAAAGAACAAUCUACCAAAACCAAAAAAGGAGGAUGGCAUGUUGCCAUCUUCAUCAUAGUUAUGGAAGCUGCAGAACAAUUUGCAAAUAUUGGAUUGGGUACAAAUUUGAUUUUAUAUCUCACCCAAGCACUUAAUGAGCCAGUAACUGAAGCUGCUAAAAAUAGGAACACUUGGCUCGGUUAUCUGACCUAUUUGGUUCAUUUUAAAUCUUUCCACCAGGAGAAGAGAAUAAAGGUACAAAUCGAUGAGCAUUUUCUACUCAGUGUGGAGAACUUUAUUUCUCUGUAAUAAAAAUAUGCUCAAUUAGUCUUGUAAUACAUAAAUAUUCUAUCUUGUUUGAGUUUCAUGGAUAAUUUUUAUAU